AUGGACUUCGACGAGUAUGCAGAAGACUACCUGCGCUACUUACACGGUCUCGAAUCUGACCCAGAACUAUCUAUCGACCUCAGCGGCCUCGAAAGAACAGCAGCACUAUCGGUCCGGAUAAUCGAUCGAUAUCUGGGGAACCUGGAAAAGGGGCCGCAAGGCGACGCCCUUGAAAUUGAAGAUUAUCAAUUAGUGUACACCUCAACUUUUAUUGCUAUCAAACUAAUAGAAGAAGGCCAGAUCAGGGAUCACCUAGUCAAGUUUCAUCAGGAAUUAUCUUUUGUGGAACUUGACGGACUCCGAAGUCGAUGGAAAACAGCUAGGGAUGUGAAAAAGGAUAUCGUGGAAUCCCUGGAGAAUGAAACUCAUGCACAAUCCUUUAUGAGUCUUGCUAUCGAUGACUUCCUCAGGGCAUUCGAUGCUACAAAAGAACGAAAAGAACAUUGGCUUUCCGCGAUUGCGGACCUGAUAGAGUUUUUUGUCGAAUGCUUGUACGAUCGCCCUCCAUGUAAGGAUUUCAUUCCUGACGAAAAAGGAGCCUAUCAAUUCCACAUAGGAGAAGCCAGGCAAGCGAGCAAUUCCCUUUCCCGCGCGUGCCGUUCUUCGUCCGAUCGAACUGUAGAACAAACAAAUGCGGCCCAAAGCUUCGACGAUAUGAAGCCCGUGGGACUGAUUUUGAGAGACGUAUCUCAGAAAUGCGUCAUGGAUUAUUGGUCAGCUCUGGCGAUGCUUUGGAGUCGGCGCCGAAUCGAUAGCGCUGAAUCAACUCGGCGAGCUAAGGAUAAGCGCUUCAAGAAAGAUGUCAAAGAUAAUCUGGCCUAUCAUCGUGCUACUUUCUUAAAGAAGGUCAACUCCUUACAGAAACGCGAGUUGCUGGCUCUAUUAAUUCAAUGGGAAGAUUUCUCGGAAGCAAACAAUUCUGAGAUCGGUAUGGUGGUACGUGCUAACGCUGUAGAUAUUUCCAUAGCGGUCUUAAACCAGUGUCAAAAGAAUGACCUGGCUAAGCUUGGGGUGUCCCUGCAGCAAAAUGCAGAAACGGAUGCCGAAAAAAUUGUAAAAGACUACUGGCCAAAAGAGCUCAUGUAA